GCUUAAAUUCCAAUACUACGAGGAUGCCAAUCUUUGACUUGUAAAGUAUUUUGCAAUGACUGGAAGAGAAGCAUAUAAUCGCGCUAUCCUUGGAGAAGAGCUAUACAAUAAGGUAGCUAGUAGCCGUGUUCUUCUAGUAGGAGCAGGUGGCAUUGGCUGCGAACUAUUGAAGAAUCUAGUCUUGUCUGGCUUUAGAGAUAUUGAAGUGAUCGAUCUAGAUACAAUCGAUAUUUCCAACUUGAACAGACAGUUUUUGUUUCAAAGACAGCAUGUUAAAAAAGCUAAAGCCCAUGUAGCAAAGGAAUCAGCAUUAAAGUUUAAUCCAUCAGUCAAGAUAAAUUCAACACAAGCCAAUAUUAAAGAUCCUCAGUUUAAUGUGCAAUGGUUCAAGCAAUUUACACUUGUAUUGAAUGCUUUAGAUAACCUAGACGCCAGAAGACACGUCAAUGCCAUGUGCUUGGCAGCCAAUAUUCCACUUGUUGAAUCAGGCACUCAAGGCUACUUGGGGCAAGCUUAUGUAAUCAAAAAAGAUAUCACCGAAUGCUUUGACUGUCAACCAAAACCCUCACCUACAACUUACCCUGUGUGUACGAUCAGAAGUACGCCUAGCGCACCUAUUCACUGCAUCGUUUGGGCAAAAAGCUACCUGUUCAGUCAGUUGUUUAGUAAUUCGGAAGAUGAGGAUGUGCUUGAACCUGAUAGUUCUGAAGAAAACGCGAAUGAACUAGUGGCACUCGCCAGAGAAACAGAGGAACUUAAAGCUAUCAAAGCUGCUGCAGGAUCUACUGACUAUCCAAAAAUGGUAUUUGACAAGGUAUUUAAUGUCGACGUUCAGCGCUUGCUUUCAAUGGAGUCAAUGUGGAAAAACCGUAAGAAGCCUUCACCACUAAAUUAUGACAUGAUGGAGAAAACUCUGCAAGAGAAAACAAAAGAACAAAAAGAAGAUAGCCAAGCGCUACCGGAUCAAAAGAUUUGGAGUUUGGAAGAAAACUUUGACGUAUUUAAAGAGACUGUAACCAGACUGUCAAGUCGACUUGUCAAGGAAAAAGAGAAAAACCCAGAGGCCACAUUAUCCUUUGAUAAGGAUGACGAGGAUGCCAUGAAGUUUGUUACAGCAGCGUCUAACCUUAGAGCUCAUAUCUUUCAAAUUCCUACUAAAAGCUUGUUUGAUGCAAAAUCCAUGGCAGGUAAUAUCAUCCCAGCUAUUGCAACUACAAACGCUGUUAUUGCUGGUGUGGUCGUCAUGAAGGCAUUUGGUGUGCUUCGUGGAAACAUAGAAAAUAACAAACGUAUCUAUCUUACCACUGGAUCACGUCUUGUUCAAGAAGCAAAUUCUCAACCAAACCCUGAAUGCCAUGUCUGUCGAUCAAAUACAGCUAGUGUUGCAGUGAACUUUGAAAUGACGACGCUAAAUGACUUGAUCCAAAAAGUGAUCUUACCACCCGUAGAGAAAGGAGGUGCUGGCGUGCCAGAGGAUGAGGUGGCAAUCAUGGAUGGAAGCAGAAUAAUAUAUGACAUUGAGUAUGAUGAUAAUGUUAAUUCACCACUAAAGGACAUUGGAUUGAAGCCAGGUACAAUACUGCGUGUGAGUGAUGAUGAUGGAAACGAUCUUGAUCUUAUACUCGAGACUACUGAGUUCAAAGAUGAUCUUGUUCGAUUGUUGACUCCUAUUCCUUCAACAAAACCUGGUCUAAAACGUAAACACUCUGAUUUGGAAGUAAACAAGGAUGAUACAAAGAAAGCGAAAACAUCACACCAAGACAUGAAUAAUGGCGAAGUUGUGAUUCUGGAAGACGACGAUGAGCUGGUUGUAUUAGAUGAUUAAAUAAAUUUUUCUCUUUUUUUUUUUCUUUUU